AUGUGGAGUUUAAAUAAAUGCGCACGAUGUACACGAGUUGAAAAGGUAAAGAAUGAAAGUAAUGGUAAUGGUAAGCAAACGAGAAGAAUCCGAGAGACGAGACAGACUAGUUCGAGAGAGGAGGCGUUAAUCUCGGAAUUUGAUAAUAAUUGA